AUGUCGCAAGCAACAUUAUUGGAAGAAAAAAUCAAGAUUUGUCCAUCAUAUCAAACUACAGAGCCACAAACUCGAGUCAAGGGAGUCACUAUUCCCAUAGUUAUCAACCUAACGUUUCCUAGAACUAUAACACCAGUUCUGAAUAUUAUCGGCGUCGUCCGCCGGAUAAGAGAGGAACUCCCUCCUAUAGGGCCAGUUACGGAGACUGGCACAACCGUUACCGGUUUUGGCGACAACCACCCACAAUCCGAAACUACAAACAGCGUUACAAGGAAUUAUCGAUGCCUUCCAAAUUUUCAGGCUCCUGGCUCACUUAAUGUGUUGGGUUCGGCAGAACUUCCCAUCAAGCUGGAAGACAUGCCACCACCACAGACUGCUCCAGAGGUGUUGACCAGUGACAGAAGCUUAAUCAUUCCGAGCUUCAGCCCGAUCAGGCAUUCUGGGGCAAGGUGGGCUCGCGUGCUGAGUCGCCGUAAUGCCCACAAGGCAACUGAAACAGGCGGCGCAGAGUGUCUUGCGGCCGGUGGUGAAUGA